UAAUGCACUGUAUUAUGCAUUUUGUAUUCACAGCCUUCUGAACAUCAUCAAUUCACUGAACAAAGGCUACCUGAUCUGGCAGGAAGUGAUUGACAAUGGGGCUACAGUACGACCUGACACAGUGGUGGAGGUUUGGAAGUCAGGCUAUGUGGAAGAGCUCAAUAAAGUUACACUGAAAGGCUACAAGACCAUUUUAUCUGCAUGCUGGUACCUUAACUACAUAUCUUAUGGUUCAGACUGGAACAGCUACUAUAGUUGUGAUCCCUGGGGAUUUCUCGGUACCCAGAAACAGCUAGAUUUAGUGAUAGGAGGUGAAGCAUGCAUGUGGGGCGAAUAUGUGGACAACACCAACGUCAUUCAGCGAACCUGGCCUAGAGCAGCAGCUGUUGGAGAAAGGCUAUGGAGCAGCAUGAAAGUAAGAGAUGCUUCAAAGGCUGCUCCGCGCAUGGCUGAACACAGGUGUCGUCUCAUCAGGCGAGGAUUCCAAGCAGAGCCUGUUAAUGGUCCUGACUUUUGUAAGCACGAGUAUCGCAGGGAGUAGUUAUCAGUGGACAUACCUUGCAGAUUGAACAACACUGCUGAAAUGUUAUGAAAAUUUUCAAGCAUUCCACCAUUUCAUAUGAUCAGAAUGAAUACAUAGUAAUGUCUGUGUCUGCAAGACGCACUGGAUUCUGAUGAUGGUUUUGUGUCUGUGUUUCAAAUGUUUCUCUCACUGUCUGGUGUUCAUUUCUAUAAUGUCUGUUUCAAUGAUAUAAACUGUAUGGAAAAAAAAACAAUAACUUGAUUAUUCAUAUGCAUUAAAUGUUCAUCGGAUGAGCUAGAACUGUUUGCUAUAUUUCUCACAAGUGCAGCUUUUUUGAAAAUGAGUCUUCAAUGUAACAUCAUAUUCUUAUAUAUUUACAUACAUGUUACAUUCCUCAAUCAUUUGGUACUGCUGUGCUCUUGCCUAAUAGUGUGCUAGUGUGAUUGAAUUUCAAAUGUUUCCUAUGCAAUAUUACUGUGAUUAUUUGGACCUUUUUUGCACUUUUUAUGUUGAUAGGAUUCAUAUAAGAUUUCAAAGUGUCAUUGUUUUGAAUGUUUUGAAGAUUGACAAACCUCAGUAGAUGUUUAUACAUUAAACCUAGGUGGGUUGGAGGUUGUAUUAAUUACCCAACACAG